AAAUAUCCCGUUUUUAGGGCUUUAUUCAGAUAAGAAAUCAGUGGAAGUCAAAAAAGAAUUUAAUGUUACGAGUUUCUUCUCUCUAGAUUCAUUUUUUUUCUCUCUCUCUCUCACCAUCACACAUAACACAGAAGAAUCCAUGGCUGCUUCUUCAUCCUCUAAUGCUUCCUUCUUUGGAGUUCGAGAAGAAGAUCAAACUCACCUUCUUCCUCCGAAUCCCUCCGCGGCCGUCGCUCCUCCUCCUCCUCACCACCAGCCACUGCAGUCUCAGCAACCUCUUGAAGCUCCACCGCAGAAAAAGAAGAGAAAUCAACCAAGAACUCCAAAUUCCGAUGCAGAAGUGAUCGCUUUAUCUCCAAAGACACUAAUGGCUACAAAUAGAUUCAUAUGCGAAGUAUGCAACAAAGGUUUUCAGAGAGAACAGAAUCUACAACUUCAUCGAAGAGGACACAAUCUCCCAUGGAAACUUAAGCAGAAGUCGACCAAAGAAGUGAAGAGGAAAGUGUAUCUUUGUCCGGAGCCCACGUGCGUCCACCAUGAUCCGUCACGUGCUCUCGGAGACCUCACCGGAAUCAAGAAACAUUAUUACCGUAAACACGGUGAAAAGAAGUGGAAAUGCGAGAAAUGUUCUAAGCGUUACGCUGUUCAAUCGGAUUGGAAAGCUCACUCCAAGACUUGUGGUACCAAAGAGUAUCGUUGCGACUGUGGUACACUCUUCUCCCGGCGAGAUAGUUUCAUUACACAUAGAGCCUUCUGUGACGCGUUGGCUCAAGAGAGUGCGAGACACCCAACUUCUUUGACUUCUUUACCAAGUCAUCACUUCCCGUACGGACAAAACACCAACUCCAACAACAACAGUUCAAGCAUGAUGCUUGGUUUGUCCCACACGGGGGCCCCACAGCAUCUUGAUUAUCACUCUGGCGACGUUCUCCGACUUGGAAGCGGCGAAGGAGUAGGUGGAGGAGCCGCCUCACGCUCUUCAUCUGAUCUCAUUGCUGCAAAUGUUUCAGGUUACUUCAUGCAAGACCAAAACCCUAGCUUUCAUGAUCAACAACAAGGAUUUUUGGCUGCAAGCAAUAACAUCAAGCCAUCACCAAUGAAUUUUCAACAGAGUCUGAUGCAGUUCUCGCAUGAUAGCCAUAACUCUCCUUCCUCCAAUCUCUUCAAUCUCAGUUUCCUCUCUGGAAACAACGGAGCUGCUUCUGCUACAAGCAACCAGAAUGCUGCUGCUGUUUCUUCCGGUAAUCUUAUGAUCUCGAACCAUUUUGAUGGCGAAAAUGCUAUUGGAGGCGGAGGAGGAGGGGAAGGAAGCACGGGUCUCUUUCCUAACAAUCUGAUUAGCUCGGCGGACAGAACAAGCUCAGGAGCAGUGCCUUCACUCUUUAGCUCAUCAAUGCAAAAUCCCAUAUCAACACCUCAAAUGUCAGCCACUGCUCUUCUUCAAAAAGCUGCUCAAAUGGGUUCAACCUCAAGCAGCAGCAACAACAACAACAACAACGGAAGCAGCAACAAUAAUAAUAACAAUGCCUCAUCCAUUCUAAGAAACUUUGGGAGUGGAAUGUACGGAGAAAACGAGAGUAAUCUCUAUGAUUUGAUGAACUCUUUCUCUAACCCCGAUCCAACGGGAAACAACGUUAAUGGAGUACAUUCUCCGUUUGGUUCGUACGGAGGAGUGAACAAGGGAUUAAACGCUGAUAAACAAAGCAUGACUAGAGACUUUCUUGGAGUUGGACAGAUCGUAAGAAGCAUGAGUGGAAGCGGAGGGGUUCAACAACAGCAACAACAACAUGGGAAUAGUAGAGAAAGAGUUGGCUCUUCGUCGGAUUCUGUCGAUAGAAACAGCACGACUUUGAAUCCUGGUGGUGGUCCGGCAACUUCACCACCGUAUGGAAUCCAUCAUGCUAGUUUCUAGCUAAGAGAAUUUUUUUAAAAAGGUUUCUGGUUCAUCAACAUAGAUGCUAUCUUUUUCAGGUACGCAUGUCGUCAUCAAAAUCCGCAAUUAUAAUUUUGUUGCGAGUCUCUUGAUACUUAAGUUUAUCAGCAAAAAAUAGUUGCAAUUUAUCUAAACUCAGCUCCUUUUUCUCUCUUGUGAAAGAUUUUGCGUUUAUAGUUUAUAUAAAUGGAUUCAUGACUCUUAAAAAGAAUUGCAGCUGAGUUUAUGCCUUUAUGGUUUGAGAAUGUAUAAUUUUAUUGUUUUGUUUUAAAUGGUUCGUAGAGUUCUUCAUAUUUGAUAUAUAUAUUUUUGGCUUAUGAAAUGUUAUAUACAAAAAUUAUUAUUGUUUCUCAUGGCUUAAAGUUUCAGAUAAAUGAGUAAUUUGUUUAUUUUGAACUCAAUUUCGAGUCUUUGUUCUCUAUAUAGAUAUGUAUUAGUGUCACAUCUAAAACGAACACUAUACUAACGAGUUUAAGCUAUAAAGAAUUUGGGUGUGAAUAAUUGUUUAUUUAUUUAUUUUUGUUAAAAAGCAGUUUUGGUAUUUGUUUUUGGCUGUACUAUUUAUCGUCUUAUCAUUGCAUGGUGCAGUCAAUGAGUUGGAGGGUGCAAGCAGCUUUUGCUACGUUUCUUUGUCUUUUUGUUUUUAUUUUCUUAUAUUUGCCGUUUUAUUCUUUUAUUUCUUUUCAUUUGUCAUCCUCACUAGCUGGCAAUGUCACGAGUGUUUGUCCUGUGAUCCCCCUUUCUAAAUAUUUCGAUACAUGUAUACAUACAUGUCACAUGUGCAUAUAACAUAUAAAAUAUAAAUAUGCAUUUGUAUAAUUUUGUACGUAAUAUGUUCCUACCA